UGUUGCUGACGCACGCUCUGCACGCAGGUAACUUUGUUGUCGUUUUGUGACUGCGCUGUAGGCGAAAAAUUCAUUCGAAAAUGUCGUUUACGCAGUUUAUACCCUUCUUUUGACUGAGUACAACGCGCUAGUUGCGGCCUCAUCGCCGUGUUCAGCGCGUCGCCGAAAUAUUUUUCCUACUCGCACGCUCGAGUAGUGUUAGGCUUAGCUCGACAUCGUCGUUUCGAGCCCACUUCUCGGUCGGGUCCGAGCGUCGCAUCGUUCGAGUGCUUCGCGGGAGCUGCUGGCGUCAUGCGUUGAAAGCAACGAGUACGGCGAGCGCCCUGUUCUGCUAUUGAGGAGGACGCCGUGCUGAGCCAGACUGCCCGAACGCAUCUGCACUGCAGCCAUGUCGGUGCACUACAAGUUCAAGAGCAGCCUCGACUUCGACACGGUCACCUUCGACGGCCUGCACAUCUCCGUGGGCGAGCUGAAGAAGAACAUCCUUCAACAGAAGAAGAUCGGCAAAGGGGCGGACUUCGACCUGCAGAUAACCAAUGCGCAGACCAAAGAAGUGUACACGUCCGAUGACUACCUCGUCCCCAAGAACACAUCGGUGAUUGUUGCCCGUGUUCCCGUGACCACCACGGGCAGAAAGAACUGCAGCAGGGAGCGCAACCGUGACGGCGAGCAUUCGGUCCCGGACACUAGUUCUCCUGGUCGUAAUUAUGAGAAGCUAGCCAAGACUGCGGAUCUGGCCAACUCCACAGCCAGUGAGGAUGACAAAAUCAAGGCCAUGAUGUCUCAGUCGUCCCAGGAGUACGACCCUUCCAAGUACGUGAAGAGCCGCAGCAUGACAGGACCCCUGCCUCCGAACUACACCUGCUUCCGGUGCGGCAAAACUGGCCACUGGAUCAAGAAUUGCCCCACCAAUAAUGUUGAGGUGAAGCGGAGCACGGGCAUUCCACGCAGCUUCAUGGUGACCGUGGAUGGUCCCGAUCACAAGGGGGCGCUUCUCACGAGCACGGGUGAAUUUGCUGUGCCACUGAUUGACCACCAGGCCUAUAAGGAGGUCAAGAAGGAGAAGCCUCCCUUUGUGCGGGAAGCCACACCAGAGCCCGUGCAGGAGCCGCAACUGCCCGACGAGCUACUCUGCAUGAUCUGCCACGACCUGCUGCAGGACGCCGUGCUCAUCCCCUGCUGCGGCAACAGCUUCUGCGAUGAGUGUGUGCGCCAGGAACUUCUGGACUCCGAGCAGCACGAGUGCCCUGUCUGCCAUGAGACCGACAUAUCGCCCAACAACCUCAUCCCCAACCGCUUUCUGCGCACGGCUGUGCUCAACUUCAAGAACGAGACUGGAUACACGCGCAUCCGACGCGGACAGCUGGCUCCUGCUAGCGCCGCUGCCGCCAGCUCUAGUGCUGCUAGCACCUGUGCCGCCUCGUCUCCGCGUGCUACAGUCGGCGACGAAGGAUCCGCCACCCCACCCCCUGCUACGCAGCAGCCAGACGAACAGGAACCAGACAAGCCAGUGGACAAACCAGCCGACAAGCCAGCGGCGUCGCCCGUGAAGAAGAGCCCGGCAAGCGGCACAGAGGAGGAGACGCCCAUAGAAAAGGUCGACGGUGGCGCCAAGUUGGAAGUGGCAGGAGCGGCCAGUUUGGACGACACGAGCCGAAGCCCGGCCGUCGGCACGCCUGGCGAGAACCCGCCAGGAACGCCUCUCGCGGAUGAGAAUCCCGAGGAGCCCGCAGGGCCCAGCCUGGACGAGGCUUUGACCAUGUCGCCCCAACACCGCUCCCACGACGAGAGCUCGCCGCCGCACGCGCUCCCGACGGGGAGUGGCAGCCCUUCGUCUCUUGGCAACGGCGAGGAGAGUGUGUGCGCCAUUCGCACCAUCACGACGCGCGUCACUGGGCCGAUCGCGAUGCCAGGGCAUUCAAACAGGGACCCUCCCAUGGACCACCAUCCCAUGGACCACCAUCCCAGGGGACCAUCUGGGCGAGGCUCUCUCCAUCGUUCAAGCCGACGCGGAGACUAUGGACACCAUCGGUCACGUCACGACUAUGGUCCUGGCGGCAGUCUACGGUCGGGUAACGACUACCGCUCAGGUGGCUAUCCCCCAUACGGAGGGGGAGGUGGUGGAAUGAGCGGAGGCAACGGUGGAGGUAGUUACCCUCCACCCCCGCUGCACCUGCCACCACCUCCGCAGGGACACCAUUUGGCACCGCCCAACUUGCCACCACCCCCGUUCCCUGGGCAGGCACCACCCCCUGGUUUGGCUGGAAUAAACGUGGUCCCUCCACACUUCCCUGUGCCACCGGGAGCCGGCUACAUCCCUCCAGCCAAGCCAUUUGGACCAGGAGAGGAGUACCACGGCAGGCGGAGCCGCAGUCGGCGUGCGGGCGACCCCCUGGAGGAGUUUGAGAAGCACCUGCGUGACCUGCACCGCAACCGGCAUCGUGAACGGCGAAGCAACCGCUCGCACUCCAAGACGCGGUCCCGCUCCCGCUCGUCGUCCUAUGGCCGGUCGCGCUCCAAGUCGCGCGGGGGCCGCAGCAGCGCUGCCUCCCGGUCCUGUUCACCCCGCUCGCCCCACUCGCGCUACAGUGGCAGUUCACGAUCCUACUCGCCACACUCCAGGUCGUACACGCCAAGGUCACGGUCAAGGUCCUUCUCGAGGUCCCGGUCAAGGUCACGAUCACCUGCAAGACACCGCCGGUCACGGUCACCACGGAGCCCUGGAGGCAGUGAUGGACGCCGGCGGGCAGGAUCAAAGAGUCCCCACGGACGCCGCUCACGAAGUGGAAGCUACAGGUCGCGCUCCAGGUCUCCCAGCCGAGCCACACGGCGCACACGGCAUCACUACCACAGUGGCAGCCACGGGAGCGGCCGUACAUAUCGCCGCUCCCGCACCCCUCGCUCACCCCGAUCCUAUCACCACCACCCACUACCGCCGCCUCUGCCGCACCACUUGGGGCCUCCGCCUCACAGCUACAGAGGCCGCUCACCAUCGUUUCGUGCAGCUCGACGUGGCUUCUAUGGUGGGCCACCUGGCGGCUACCCACACCACCCCGGCUACCCGCACCAUCCCUCAGAGCACAUGGUACCACCGGUUGAGUUUGACGGCCGUGGUGGGCACUAUUAUCCGCCGCAUCACCUUCGUGACGGUGUCGCCGGUCCCUAUCGUGGCUACCCUCCUGGCUACCCUCCAGGGGCAUUACCUGCCCCAUCACACCGAGGCGAUGGCCGUGGUGGUGAUCGUUACGAGGGCGUCGUACCGCCCGGCCCCAUGGGGAUGCCUGCCCGAGCGUAUCCCGGCGAUCCCGGGAGCAGGAGAGAAAGGUCUCGAGAUUACGUGCCCCCACCUGAAGUGGGUUCAGAGCGAUCUCCCAAGAGAAGCCGGGAGAGUCGGUCCCGCGAGCGUCACCGGCAUGCGGAUGCCAUCACGACGCCCCUGGUUGUGUUGAGAGAGGAAGGCAAGGAUGAUGCACGUCUUGAGGGGGAAGGUGCCGUCAAGAGCCGCAAGAGGUCCAAGGAUAAGGAGGAAAAACUGCUUCGACACAAGCACCAUCACAAGACCAAGGAGUCUAGAAAAGAGUCCAAAGAACGGGCCGCCAUUCAGGAGGGUGUUGUCAAGAAGUCAUCCAAGGCCCCUCUGGCAGUCCCGCCAGAAGGAGAAAAGCAAGCCACAGAAAUUAAAGCCGAGGAGUUGCCCACCUCUGCGAAAGAGUUAGGCAAGAUAGUCCGGGAGGGGGUGAAGGCAGAAGGCGAAGAGACUCUUUCAGAAGGUGCUGGAGUAGUUGUCAAGGAACGCAAGCACAAGCACAAGAAGAAGCUGAAGCAAGAGGAGGCGCUUAGAAAAAUGGCCGCCAAGAUGGCUUCCCGCACAUCAGACGAUUCUAGCCAACAGCUGCCCGGUGCUGAUGAGGAGCCGAUCAAGCGCAAAAAGAAGAAAAAGAAACUGCGGGAGGCAAGGCUGCUGAUGAAGUCGCUGCCACUGACAUCUUCGGAUCUGAUCCGCGAGCAGUCAAUGGUGGCCUUUUUGACGGCCGAGCUUGAGCAAGGUGUCCCAGAUGCUGCCCGACUGUCCAAGAUAGAGGAACAGCUAGAGCUGGCCAAGAAGAAGUUGCUGAGCGAUGAGAGAGAGGAUACCAAGGGCGACGUGGCAACGCCAGAGGAAUCCAGAGCGCAUGCGGGAGCAACACCGGGCACAGUGGACACAAUCUGGGACAAAACCGAGCUCGAGCCGGAGCAAAAGGAAGACACCGCUGCACCCAAGGAGGAAGAAAACGUGCUCCAGGUGGAGGUGCCCGAGCUCUCCAAAUGGGAAAGGGAAGAACUCGAAGAGGGGGAGUCUUCACCCUCGCCAAUCGAGCAGGUUGAGGAAGCCAAAGACACCAAACCCGUGCUUUCUUCAGAAGUGCUUCAACGUGCUGAGAAUGUGCUGCUGCACAAGCCGCGGAAGAAGGCCAUGGUGGCUGUUGCAGCAGCCACUGUCGCACUUGCCAGGCCGGCAACUGCACCGGAGCUGAAGAAGCUUUCGUCGAAAGUGACUUCACCGGACGACUCUCGGCCAGUGCCGGCGGAAGAUUCGUCAUCACAGUCUAGCAUACGUGAAGUGAAAGAAGGCUGGAGGGACCCAUCGGUGCCACUGAGGCUGAGAGACAGGCUGGACGGCACCUUGCAAGUCACGAUUACUGCCUCCUCUGAGAAAGAAAGGCGAUCCGUUACUACGUCCGAUAAAGAGCAGCGUGGAAGCUCAUCAGAAGGUACGCAGCAUACCAAGCGGAUCAAGCUCGAUAGGUCCAAAUUUGGGGAGAAGCACAGCCGUGGUGAAGGUGGCGAGGCCAGCGACAGCGCGAAGCCAUCGAAAUCUAGCAAUCGUCGCGACGAUCGUAGUGGAGGCCGGGUGGACGACCGCCCUUCUUCGGAACAUGGACGACGAUUUCCACCAGAGGACAUCAGGUCAAGGCUGGAAGAACGCAGAGCAUUGGAGGCGGGGGGCCAUAGUCGAGUACUUCCACCUGCUAGGAGCGACCGUGACCUUUCCCGAUCUUCGAGGUCUGGCAGGCCUCGGGAAAAAGAGUCGUCUCACCGAUCGAGCAGCCGAGACAUGCAUUCCGAGGAACGAAGACGCCACAAGGAAGAGCGAUAUUACGCUGCCAUGAUGGAGGAGCGAGCUAGGAGAGCAUACGAGGAGGCCCACUACAAACGAUUGGAGGUUGAGAUGUCGCACAGCAGGCGCAAGGCACCGGAGGAGCACCGCUCCCGCCAUGCUGCAGAAGACAUCGAGCGGCUCCGAUCUCACGAAAGACGUGGAGAAGCUCCACGCUUGCGGAGUAAAAGCGCGGACCGGGGCAGUGGAGAGGACCAUUACCGGUCUCGCCGGGGGGAAUGGUCUGGCGAUCAAUUGGCCACAGCUGGCUCUGUGGUGUCCCAACCGUCGCGGCGGUCAAGAAGCAGGGAUAGAGGCGAACGCUCUCCGCGUCACCAGCGACACCGCAAGGAGAAGGCAUCACACGUUGCAGUGUCCUCUACGGCGAGUGUGUCGGCAGCUGGAGGCAGCACGGCCAGUGGCCAGGAGAUCCGAGCGACAUCAUCGACAGCGGCAAAGCAGACGGAAAGGAAGUUGUUGCCGACGUCGGCAUCCCUGGAGACACUGCGGCACCGGAAGGAGUCAACACAGGACGAGUCGCGCUUCGAGCCUGACUACGAUGAGAUGAUUGAGGACGAGCCAGGUUCUGGUGGCACUGCUGACCCUGCCCUGUCGCAAGGGGCCAGGGUUGCCAGCACCAAGCGCAGGGCAGUUGCGGUCAUCGAUACGCUAGCCGGUAAGAAGUCGCGGCUGGCCGAGGAGGAGGCGUUGACACCCACAAAGCCGGAUGCGAGCCCAACUACAUCGACGGCUCCGGCGGCGUCUACCGUAGUGGCUUUGGCAGCACCAACAGUGUCGGCAGACGAAGACCGGACGAGCAGCUCCUCAUCGGACUCCAGUGACGAUGAGGUCACCUCUCACAAAAAGCACAAGAAGAAGCACAAGAAGCAUAAGAAACACAAGCACAAGCACAAGAAGAAGAAGAAAUCUAAGAAGGCUGAGAAGUCGGACUAGGAGACACAGAACCCUUCAUUUCUUGCAUUGCUCAUUUCCUUCCAUGUUUUACUCAUCGUCAUCUGUGUUUAUAGUUCUUACUUUGUUUCCUCAACCAUUGUUUGCUCAUUGAGGAAGUCCCUUGGCUGUCGUUGCAUUGUAAGUACCUCAGAGAGGACUUUCGAUCCCUCGUAUUGUAGGCAUUGCUGAAAUGGUGUUGCGGGCAUUCGAAACUGUAUUUGUUCAUUUAAAUACUAUACAAAGAGACUACCUUACUGUUGUUAAGUACUUACUUGUAAAAGCGACAUGGCCUCGCGAUUGAGUUGGAUGCAUUGUAACAUCUCUGGGUUGGAAGCGUUGGCCCAGGUAUAACUUGUGCUACCGGUGUGCAGCACACCUAAGCGUACUCUGAUCGACAACUGGUGGGACAAUUUCCGAGGGUAUGCAUGUCAGUUUUCGUGAUGGUAUGAAUUGUGCAACAGGAACGGUAUAGGCGAGUCCUAGGUAAGACUAGAUAGCGCCCAACUUUCUUUAGUGUGGAUAUCCCGAACUCAGCAUCGCACUCAUUAGUGCGACUUUGUCGUGGUUAGCCAUGUUUCGGCCUCAUACUUUUCCCAAUGUUGCAUGUGCACUGUCUGCUCUUUGAACUUGAGCUGAUAGGUGUGUCGACGUUUUUUUUUUUUUUUUUUAAGUCUUUGUGUUGAUGAGGGCCUUGAGCCCUGUGUCUAGUGAUGGCUUGACGCAGCAGUUUGUAAAUUUGUAUCAACUGAUGCCAAUAAUGCGAGUGUGCGCCUCCUCCGCUGUGUCUCGCUAAAUGACCAAAUAUGGGUGACUGUGUUUUUUUGUCUCUGCAGUGAUACAGUGCAUCUUUUAAGUCCUUGUGUGCUGUCUGUAAAUAGUUUUCUUGUGUAUGAAAUAAAAAAAAAUAGAGCUUAUUUUCAAGAA